AUGGACGCAGCGGAUCGUGCGAAAUAUUGCCGAGAGCGCCUUGAAGCGCUACGGUUGGAAUUGCCACGUAUCGCUAGGGUCUUACACAGCGCGGAUGAGCAUCUCGAGCGGCGGCGCGGCCCGCAAGGUUUGCCACCUUCCGUGGCCCAGAUACGAAUUUCUAUGCUGAAAACUAGCGUACAGCGUCUACGUCAAGCGCGCGACCGGCUUAAACCGGCUAUCGAAGGUGCCAUGGAGCUGGUAGAAUGCAUCAACCGGGUGGCGGAGAGCGCAGCUAAUCUGCGGCGUAGACUCGCUCACAUUCAACGGAGCACUGUACACGCUGAGAUGGAGCGUCUGAGUGCCCAGAUAUCAUUGACUGAGAAGCGCUUGCUCGCCCUCAACUGUUUGAUGGGCCACCUCAACCCCUCCAUGACUAACGUCGACUACAACUCUUUGGAGUACGAAUCACAUGCUGGUGAUCCCACUAUCUCCGGGAUGGAACGUGUACUUGAAGCUGCUGAGAGCCUUAUGGAAUCCAAGAGAUUUUGUGAUUCCCUUCAGGAGCUGGAGUUCCUAAAGGGGUCACCCGUUAUACAUGAGGCAACACAACGCCUCGCAACUAAUUUGGAUUCGAGUUGCGAGCUUUCAUUCCUGUGGUUGCAGAAGGAAUCACGUAGACUUUCGACCUCCUUAUGCGACGUUUUUAAGGACGCAAGCGCCGUAGCACUGAGACACUCCACUGGCUUCAUACCGCCAGUAUCUGGAGAUCAUUUGAUUAACGACAAACUUGGUCUGAGAAGCAUCCUUGAGCAAUCGGAUGAAAGUGAUGAAAACGAGAAACCAUCAAUUGCGUUACGUGCUCUAAGACUUCUCAAGUUACGCCCUACCUACCUUUAUCACUUCCUUGCUGGAAUGCGUGACAUAUUAGGACACGUGUCGCUUAACAGUUUCGCGGCUUAUACAAGUGCGGUCAAAAUGGACGCUUACAAUCGCACAGCGGUGCUUGAGUGUUACUUGAAUCACCUACAAAACACUGUAACGUUCAUGAGGAGGUGCGUGGAGCAUUUAUACAGCAACGCCGGGGUUCCGCUCGAUGCCGCAGACUUACGUUGGCACGGGGUCGUAUUUUUAACUGCAGACCGAUACUUGCGCCACAUACUCACGUGGUUGGUUAUUCCACUGGAAUCCAAGCUUAACCACGUUAUGCAGGAAAACGCCAUAAGCGUCAUUGAGGGGAUAAUUAACUACAGCAGCAUAGUGUACAUGUUUGAUGCCAUCCAGAUCGUCGAUUCACACGUAAAACGGCUAAAGGUCGAGCUUGAGACACCAUGGAACGGCGAUGCGACACCCUCCGGUAUAGUCAUUGACGGAUUAGAGGUACCUAAGGAAACAGGUGGCAGUGCCAUGCGUGAGAACUCAGACAAGAUGUCGUUGGACUCUGUCAUUGCUACAGGAGAAGGUGAAACACAGAUCGAGGAAACUGUCGAUUCCGUAUCGCAAGGCAAACCUGAAGGUACAGUAGAUGUUGAGAACGUCACACUUGCUGAGGAUGAGAGCCAAGCGGAAUUUGUGCUAGAUUGCGAUACGGAAAAAACUGAAGAUGAAACUGAUGUUGACUAUGAAUACGAUAUUGGCGAGUCUGAGGGAGAAGAGGAUGCAGCAGACCCCCUCAUCUCUAAACUAGUGGGUAUCCAUUCGGAAUGGCGACGCCAGUUGUUUGCAAGUGUUAAGCAACGAAUAGAAGAUCCCCUAUUGUCCGAAGACACCUACGAAUUGGACACAGUGACCGUAGUUGACAUCGCGGCGCCACAUGUCGUGCACAGCAUCUCUGAAUUUAUCGUGGACAUAAUUACAGUCCAGUCGCGGCAUGAUUCAUCGGACGACUUUAUGGAGAUGCUUGAUCUGACCUUAAAAUCAAUCAUGGGUUGGUGCAACAGGUCUGCAGAGAAGUACGGUGACAAUGCCAAUGCAUAUCUCAUCAAUUGUUAUGCCGUUCUUAUGCAAGCGCUAAGCAGUGAGAUCGUUCCGGCAUCUUUUAGGGAGUCUCUGCAGCUGGAGUUGCGCAAAAACGUCGAUUGCAUUGUUGAAACAUUGUCAACAGAACUGGCCACCCAUCUGGGUCUUGAUGAGGCUAAGUCGGACAUUAACAAGCGUGAGGUCUCCUUGAGGCGUAUUUCCGCUUUAGUAUUGGGCGAUGGUAUCAUGUCUUGCGAUCUGAGCUCCAUAAAGCGACUGAAACUGAUUACGGACAAGUACCAAAUGGUGAUACGAGGGCGCAUAUACCGUUUGUUGGUGGAGGGCUACAGCAAUCUUGCGGACGACAGUGACUCACACCAGGUUCGCGAACUGCGGGAGUUCGCUUCAAAGCUGUCUUAUUAA